CAAAAAAAAUUUAAAUGAAAAAAAAAAACAAACAAAAACAAGUUUUAAUUCAAUACUUACGCUUGUUAUUAAAAUUCGUUGAGCGGAUCAAGUUUUAAGGAAAGUUUUGUUUACAUUUUUUGUUUGCCUCCGAUCGCUUGUUUGUCUUCUAAUUUUCAAAAGAAUGUGAAGUUGUAGAAAUUGUUAUUGAAAAUAAACUUAAAAAAAUCUGACUACAUGCAUUUUUCAGCCUUGACAUGAUUUAUUUCUAAAAUUCGAAAAAAAAAGUGAAAAAGAAAGCAAUGAUUUAUUAGAUCUGCCUUAAUUCAUAUCUAUUCCCUGUGUAAAAGGGGAUUUUUCAAAUUUCCAGUUAAACGUGAAACGGCUAAUUUAUUAAAGAUGUCGUUGACAAAAAAAGAUCCGUCAUUUUGUGUGGCAGCAAAUGAUCCUCACCUGGUGAGUUUGGGAGGUGGACGUUUAAGUACUGCAGUAACCAUACACAACAUACCCAUUGGUGACACUACAAUCGGUUCCUCAACCCGUUGCAGUAUAUCGCUGAAUGGCACCGGUAUACGUCCGCUACACUGUACCAUCUAUCGCAGCGAGGAGAACGAAGUAACUUUAGUACCAGAACGAGAUGCACGCAUACUCAUCGAUGGUCAUAAAAUCGAUGAUGAAGUGAAUUUAACACAAGGUGCCAUGAUAACAGUGGGAAAAUCCUACUACUUACGUUUCAAUAAUCCAGCCGAAGCCCAACAAAUACGCACCGCAAUGGGAUCAAAUGAAAGAAUCUCAAUGCCACAAAUCGACUUUGCCCCAGAGCGGCAAAGACACUCCAGCAAAAGUUGCAACAGUACGGGAACUUCGUCCAGUGGUGAAGUGAGCACAUAUCAAAUUGACUCAUUCUAUGAGACAACAAUACAGACUUCUAUACGGCAAGAGGAAAGCACGGACAAUAAUUAUGUAAAGGCUACCGUCAAUGCUUAUAAUAAUUUGGCUCCCAUUGAUAUAAAUGGUUUGCAGUGUCCCAAAGUAUUUACCGCGGAUUUGGUAACGGUUAAUAUGCCAGCCAAAGAUGUUUUGGGGCAAAAAUAUACAAAAUUUGCCAAAAAUUUAGCUGAUAACCAUCGCAAUGAAAAGAAUUUAAACAAUGCCUGGCACAAUAAUCAAAAUCAAAUGAACAAUAGCCGCACAAAUGGCAAUAUCUAUGACAAUGUACCACCACCAAAAGUCAACAAUCAGGACACAAACUGUAGGAAUUCGGAAUACUUGACGAAAUUAAAACAUGCCAAUGAGGGCAAUAGACAAGCAGUGACUGCAUAUGAUCGUUAUCCCAAAUUGGGUAAUAUGCAGAUUUUUCCCAUGACCACGGUUAACAAUGAAAUCAAUACACAAACUUCUUCAAAAAUACAAAUGCAAACAUCAUAUCAUAGCCAUGACAACAAAGAACAUAAUGGCAAUAUCAGUUUGGAUGAAAAGGAACAUUUAGAUGAUAUGCUGAAAAUUUGCUCGGAAUACACGGACAGACAAAAUCAAAAUUCCAGUAAUUGUGGCAGCAUGUCCUCGUCACCCAUUGUGCAGAAUCGCAUAAAAACCAAUGGUUCCCUGCCACGUGACAAAAAAUCACCAUUUCAGCAUGAUUUAUCUACAGGCUCCCAAAUCCAACAAUCAUUUGAGGGCAGUUUUAACAAUCUCUCCAUUAAUAAUAGUGACAUGACUACAAACAGCAGCUAUUCCACUGGCUAUGAAAAUGUACGCAUUGUGGGACAAAAUCGUGUGGAGCUUAAUGGCCAAUUGGUAAGUUCUCCCAAAUCGGGCUAUGAAAAUGUAGUCAUUGGCAAAUAUGUGCCACAAUCUCCACGCACUAAAAUACGCACCAACUGCAUGUCUCCCAAGAAAGAACAAAGUUUUGCCAGCAUAUUUUCUCAGCAGAAAGCAGAGCCACAAGUUCUCAAUAACAGCAAUACUAAAUCCAGUAAGCAACAGGAAUAUGAUGAUCUGUUGAAAACUUUUGGUGAGAAAUUACAGCAAGAAAUGCAAAACAUAGAAGAAUGCAGUCAAUAUCAGCCACCCAAACCCACUACCUACACUUCGCCCCAUCACAGGAGUAAUAAAAAUAUAAAUAAUCUAAAGCUAAACUUAAAACCGCCCAGCUCUCUACAAAAUUCUCCCAAACCCAACAAGAAACCAGCACCAGCUCCCAGAACUUUACUUAAGUCCGGUAUAAGGGCUGCCGGAGGCAGUUUACCACAUUUGGCUGGUGUUAGCCCGACCUCAAAUGUGGUCGAUGAAAAGGAGCAGCUAAAAAAGUCUGAACUGGAUUCUUUGAUUUUGUCCAAACAGGAAUUGGAAAAUAUUUUGGAUAUGUUACAGGACAAAAUUCAUCGCUUGGAAGCUCAACGUAAUGCCACCAGGGUUAUGGAAGAAAAUCAACAGGCUAAACUGAAACAAUCGAUUGAAAUGAAAAUGGAUCAGAUUAAUAAACUUAAAGACAUGCUCAAACAAAAACCCAACAAUGAAUGUCUUAAAGAAGAACUUAAGAACAUUAGUGAAUCUCUGGACAAUGAUCGUAAACAAUUUGAGGAUUUGGAAUUUCAAUAUUUAGAAGAAGAAUCAGAAUGGCAUGCUUAUCAUGAAGAAUUAAAAACCGAAGAGAAAAUGUUGCAACAACAAAUUGAGGACAAAGAAAAGGAAAUGAAAAAUUUACAAAGCCCUAGAAACACAACAGCAGCUACACAAAACAACAACAACAAUAAAGCCAGUGAAACACCAAACUCCGCCAAUAGCAAAACAAAAACUCUCAACUCAUCUACACUACAAAAUAGCCUACUCAAUAAACCCUACGACAUAGGCGAAGCUAUUGGUAUAAUGUCUCAAUCUCUUUUCGGUUCAGCCGAAAUAUUGUGCCCGAAACGUAACAACGACAUCGAUAUAAUGUCGAAAAGUGUUAAUGAAAAUAUGUUUUUCAAUAAUAAAAUUGAAUUUGGCAGCUCUUCAACGGCCAACAGCAGUACGCCCAAACGUGCUCAACUCCAGUUAGUCAAUAUAGAUGAUUCACAACUUACAGCCUCCUACAAACAGGAGAACAUCUCAAAGUCAUGUGAAUCUUUUACACAGGCCGUACGUUUCAAUCUGUCUUUGGGUAGUGAUGAUUUCGAGGUGAAUCCCUUGGAAAAACGCAUACCCUCACAAGAUGAUAUCGAUCGUAUAUCAAAAGUAACCACAGAUAAUCCCAUCUCAUCGCAGGGAGCCACCACCAAAAUAUUCGAUUCAAUUAAGGAAAUUGAACGUAACCGGCAGCUAUUAUUGGCCCAGCAAGGUCAUCAUGUCAUCGAACAUGAGCGCCAAAAGAUGAAUGACCUGAAAAAGAAAAUACACAGUGAAGCACGUGCUCAAUAUAUUUCUAUGUUUAAUAGAAAUAGUACUGAUGGCACUCAAAGUGAAUCUCAAUCAUCAACACAACGAUCAGCACAAAAACAGCAACAACAACAGCAGCAGCAAAAGCAACAAGAACACCCACUAAUGGACAAGGAGAAUCAACCGAAUGCAGAGCAAUUGUUGUUGGUAUCAACAAAAAAUUCUCAAAAUUCUUCAAGCAAACAUGAUGAUGAAUCUUUGGGUCAGCAACGUCAUUCACAACCCGAAUUCGAAACCACACAACGUCAUUUUGACGAUCAACAAAAACGUCACAGUGCCACUUCUCGUCCUCUGUCUGAAGCCAAUUCAGAUAAUGGCCCAGAACCUUUAGCCCUACAAAAUGCCUCUAAAUCAAAUAUGGAACUGAGCACCAGCACUGCCUAUGCCUUGGAGAAACGUCUGAGUAGCAACUCAAAUGAUGGCGGCCAUUCGUUGUUGGGCAGUCAAAAGUUACGCAACAAAGAUGGCUCCGAUGCCAAUGAGCGCAAACGGGUUUUGCCCAAACACCAGAGACCGCUAACACGUUAUUUGCCGAUAUUUUCACCGGAUUUGGAUUUGAGACAGCAUAUAGAAUCGGCUGGUCAUCAGAUAGCAUUGUGUCCGCAUGUUUUUGUAGAUGCCAACUCGUGUAGAGGUUAUUUACAUAAACUGGGAGCCACUUUUCAUGGCUGGUCUAAGAGAUGGUUUGUUUUGGAUAGACAACGCAAUGCUUUUAUCUAUUAUUCGGAUAAAUUGGAACGUAAACCCAGAGGAGGCGCUUACUUUUCUACAAUUGAUGAAGUUUAUCUAGAUCAUUUGAACGUAUCGAAAAGUGGCCGUCCCCAUUGUACAUUUAUUGUUAAGACUAAAAAACGCAGCUAUCAAUUACAGGCAGCUUCCGAUGCUGCAGCCAGAAUAUGGAUUGAUGCCAUAAUAACUGGAGCUCAAGGCAACUUAGACUAUUAAUUAAAAUUAGUAUUAUAAACUGAGAUACAAACAAACAUACAUAUUUAAACUUAAAUAUAUAUUUUUUUUAUAUAUUGCAAGAACAUUUGUAUUUCAUUUAGUUUUAAGUAACUUUUACUAUUAGUUUAAGCAACUAACUAAGUUUUAAAAAAUGUAUUUUUUUUAUAUAAGAAGAAAUGCUCAACCAAAGGAAAUAUAUAUAUAAUUUUACAUUAACAAUAAAAA